AUGGGGUUCUGCGGCGAGUGUGGCGCGCGCGACGAAGGCGGCAAGUUCUGCCCCGAGUGCGGCGCGCCGUGUGGCACGGACAGCGGCCUCUUUGGUGCUGCGUCCGCGCCCGUCUCGGGCAUCAGCAGCCAGCGUGCCGAGGCCGAGCGGAAAGCGGUCGCCGCCCGCGAGAUGGCGGAAGCUGCCAAGCAAGAUGCGGCCAAGGCCGCCAAGCUCUUUGAGGAGACGGAGCGCUUUCGCCUCGAAGAGGCGCACCGUGCGGACGAAGAGCGCCGGCAGUCCCAGGAAACUGCGCACCGCAUGGAGAUUGAAACCCGGCAGCGUGAGGCCCACGCUAAGCGCACCGAAGCCGAGCGCCACGCCGAGGAAGCCCGCCAGCGCGCCGUCAAGAUGCGCGAAGACGCUACGGCCGCCACGCGUCUCUUGGAAGAACAGAACCGCCGUCGCGAAGAAGAGAACCUGCGACUGCUCGAAGCCCAGCGCCAGAUGGAGAUGGACCGCAUGCGUGCGACGCACAUCGCCGAGGCCGAACGGGCGCGUGCGACGCGGGAAGCCGCCGAGGCCAAGGCGAUGCACGCCAAGGCCGCCGCCGAAGCGCUGCGUCAAAAGGCCAUGGCCGCGGCCGAAGCCCUCAAGGAGCAGGAGCGAUUGCGCCAGCAGCGUCUCCUCGAGCGCGAAGAGUCCCGCCGGCUCCGCGAAGAAGAGAAGCGUCGCGAAGAGAACAUGCGCGCGGCCAUGGAAGCGCGCUUGCAGCGGGAAGAGGCCGAACGCAAGGCCGACGAAGCCCGGCUCCGCGCCGAGCAGAUGCGCGCCCAGGCACUUCAAGCCGAGACGGCGCGCCUCCAGAAGCAGACGUCGAUGCUCCAAGCGAGCAUGUCCAACUUGCACGUGAGCACCACCGAGGCGUCGUGCGAGCAGUGCCACGCGCCCUGCAAACCAGCGCAGAAGUUUUGCCCCAAGUGCGGCUUCAAGCGCGUCGACUCGGCCAAAGCGUCGCCGCCGCCACUCGCCGCUGCUUCGAGCUUUGGCGGCAGCUCCACGUCGCUAGUCGGCGGCAACUGUGCGGCGUGCAGCUUCUCGCUCAAGCCCGGGGCCAAGUUCUGCCCGAAAUGCGGAACCAAGACGGCCGCCGCCCCGGCACCGGCACCGAUCCCGGCGCCGGUUGCACUCCCAAUGGCACCGACGGCGUGCACCGGUUGCUUUGCGCCGCUCGGUCCCACGUCCAAGUUUUGCAACAAGUGCGGGACGCCGGUCUCGGCGAUGGCGCCGGCGCCAGCUCCGGUGGCCGUGGCGGCAGCCCCGAGCGCGUGCCCGAGCUGCAGCUUUCAGUGCAAGCCGAACGCCAAGUUUUGCCCGAGCUGCGGCUCCAAGUUUGGGGUGACGUUGACGCCGGCGCAACUCGAGCAGCGCCAGCGCGAAGAAGUCGAAGUGCGCCAGAACAUGGCGCAGGCUCAAGCCCGCGCGGACGCUGCGCGCCAAACGCAGAUGCACCAGCGCAACUAUGCGUCCUCGUUGGCGGCACAGGCCCAAGCGCAGCAAGCGGCGCGCUACUCGUCGCAGGUGUAG